UCGCCCCAGCUAUACCACAUGCUGAAAACAUGGCUGCUUCUGUACGGGUGAGGACGUGGAACACAUCUAGCUCAGUGAAAACCUGGCUCCUUUAUUUGGCAGGGAUUAUUUUACUAGGAGAUGUAAAUAGCGGGGUGAUGGCAGCUCCAGAACCAGGACAGUGGAGAAUUACAGUUGUCAAUACCUCAAGACCAUUGCUUUUGAGGAAAUCUAUGUAUAAAGACACUGAUAUCAAAUUGAAAGUUGUGUCCUUUGGAUGUCCAGAGGAGAUGACUUUUACCAUUCAAUGGUACUUGAAAUACUACCCCUGUCACAAUGAGUUCAAUAAUAUUGAGGAAAUGUAUGAGAGGACGCCACUGAGUCGAGGACAGAGUAUGGAUCCUAACCCUCUAGGACAAGGGGAAUGCAUUGAGCACAAGCACAAGCCCUUGACCUGCAACAAUGACCUGCGAUACUUCCCAAUGCUAAAUAAAGCCAAGGUGGAACCACGGACAGUUGUCCCGCCCAUGGAAGGGGCAGCACCGGGUUCGGAUGAGAACUACACCAAAUGGACAAUGGAGGAGUACGACAAAGUCAGCGGUGUGAAGAAUUCCAGUGUGUCACUUAAAGAUGAUGUCAUUGCCACCACGUGGAAGGAUGGCCCCUAUCUGUUUGUGGUGGUGAUUAAAUCUAACAAACAGGAAGCCAACUGGAAUUUAACUGUAAACGUUGUAAUGAAAGGAACUCACGGCUACAUCUCCAUCACUGAAUGGCCUCUCAUGAUUUUCUACAUGGUGAUGUGUAUAGUGUACAUCCUGUACUCGUUACUCUGGUUCAUGUGGGCUGCCUGUUACUGGAAGGACUUACUGCGGAUCCAGUUCUGGAUAGCUGGAGUCAUCUUUCUGGGCAUGGUGGAGAAGGCUGUGUUCUGUGCUGAGUACGAGAACACCAACGGUGUCGGGGCAGCUUAUCCAGGCCUGUUGAUCUUUGCUGAGCUCAUCUCUGCCCUGAAGAGAACCCUGGCACGGCUGCUGGUCAUUAUUGUUAGUCUGGGAUAUGGUAUAGUCAAGCCUCGACUGGGUACUGUGAUGCACAGAGUGGUGGGACUAGGCGUCCUGUAUUUUGCCUUUGCUGCUAUCGAAGGUGUGCUUAGGAUCACUGGGGCAAAAGACUCUGACCUGGCUCUGUUGGCCAACAUUCCUCUGGCUCUGCUUGACUCCUCUCUCUGCUGGUGGAUAUUUGUGAGCCUGGCUCAAACUAUAAAGACACUGAAGCUGAGGAGAAACCCAGUCAAACUGUCUCUCUACAGACACUUCACGAACACACUCAUCUUUGCCAUCAUAGCUUCAAUCAUUUUCAUGGUGUGGACGACAAAAAAAUUCCGUCUAGCAGAUUGUCAGUCGGACUGGAUGGAGCUGUGGGUAGAUGAUGCCUUCUGGAGGUUCCUCUUCUCCAUCAUACUGCUGGUUAUCAUGUUCUUAUGGAGACCAUCUGCUAACAACCAGAGGUAUGCAUUCACUCCUCUGAUGGACGACUCUGAUGAUGAGGAGAUCGAGGACUUCCUGGUGUCAGCUAAUUUGGCUGACGGCAUAAAGUUGAGAGCAACCAACUCCAGGAUUGAGACAAACGGUUCUGCCAUGCCUUCAGGACCCAACCCGGAUGAAGACAUGAAAUGGGUGGAAGAGAACAUUCCUACCUCUUUAUCAGACGUAGCGUUGCCUAUCCUUCUCGACUCGGAUGAGGAAAUAAUGACCACAAAAUAUGAAAUGUCCAAGAUUGAGUAACAUGGAAAGUCUUCCUCCCACCCAUGGUGGAUGCAGAGCAUCUCUACCUCGGGUUCCUAAUGCAUGGCAUGGAAUAGACAGAUCAUCUGGAGCACGACACCUCUCCAAUCCUAGUCCUAGGGCUGUUUAGGCUGAGAGUCAGACCUCUGAUCCUCUGUACAACACUACUAACGCAACACCUCUGACUUGGCGAUCAGCAGGGUCCUAUUCAUUGGGCAUCAAAUGGAUUAAAACGGGGAGGUACUACUUCAACUUGUCCAAUAAGAAAUACUUGUUUUAGUUUUCCUUUCCAGAGUGUUUGUUACGGUGUACUCUAAUGUAUUCAACCGAUGUUAUAUGUGGGCAACAGAAAAUCUCACCUGCAAUACUCCUAUUCUGUGUGUCCCAAAUGGCACCCUGUUCUCUAUAUAGGGCAUUGCUUUUGGCCAUGGCCCAUAAGGUUUUAUAUGGAGUAUGGUGCCUUUUGACCAUGGCCCAAAAGGUUUUACAGGGAGUAUGGUGCCUUUUGACCAUGGCCCAAAAGGUUUUAUAGGGAGUAUGGUGCCUUUUGACCAUGGCCCAUAAGGUUUUAUAUGGAGUAUGGUGCCUUUUGACCAUGGCCCAAAAGGUUUUAUAUGGAGUAUGGUGCCUUUUGACCAUGGCCCAAAAGGUUUUAUAGGGAGUAUGGUGCCUUUUGACCAUGGCCCAAAAGGUUUUAUAGGGAGUAUGGUGCCUUUUGACCAUGGCCCAAAAGGUUUUAUAGGGAGUAUGGUGCCUUUUGACCAUGGCCCAAAAGGUUUUAUAGGGAGUAUGGUGCCUUUUGACCAUGGCCAAAAAGGUUUUAUAGGGAGUAUGGUGCCUUUUGACCAUGGCCCAAAAGGUUUUAUAGGGAGUAUGGUACCUUUUGGGAUGUAACUUAUGAGACUUCUGUUCCAAAAAAAACAGCUUCACUCUGUUAAAUGCUGUAUGUAUUUAUUAACAUUUUUUUUUUCUCAAUGAACUUGACUUUUAUAGGAGAAAGGAACAAGCUGGUAUAUUAUUUCAACACCAAUUGGACACGCUGCAUAAUAACAUUACCAAUAUUAUUUUGAUAGUUGAUAACAUUCAGAGGUGUAUAGUAAACAUUAUUUAUUAUAUAUUUCACUAAGUGAAGCUUUAUUGUUUCCUAACCAAAGUAUAAUGUGAUGUGGGAGAGUUUGUGCAUUUUUGUCUAGGCUGGGACACAGAAUUCAUACGUGCAGUGUGUUACGCAGUACUAAACAGAAGUGUUCUUGAUCAUGUCUGUGUACAAUUGCAGGACUGGUCUGUUCAGGAGGAUGUAACAUUACAGAAUGUUUAGAUAGAAACACAAGGAAUAGAGCUGACAUGAUUCCCUAAUCUAUCUACUAUCAAUGUUCAGAAAGUUUACAUCACUGAAUGGACCCCUGAGGUUGGUAGAGGCAGUACGGUAAUUGAGGCUUACGUCAUUGAGGAGUUGUGUGUUUGAAUGUGAGUGGAGGGAAUCUUUAGCCUGGUUCCAGAUCAGCAAUAACAGCGUUACAAUGACCAUAGGAGUUGGCAAGACGGCACAAACACAUCUGGGAUCAGGCUAGGAAGUCCUCUGUUUCCGCUAGUCAAAUAAAGAGCAAUAUUAUAUAUGACCUUGUAAGGUUUACUUACACUCCUCUAGUACCCUCCCUUUAACUGUUUUACAUUGCUUGUGCACCAAAUGGUACCCUAUUCCCUAUAGCAGGGGUGCCAAGCUCAUUCCAUGUAAGGCUGAGUGUCUGAAGGUUUUAGUUUUUUUCCUUUCAAUUAAGACCUAGACAAUCAAGUACAAAGGAGGAGUGAACCCACAGAUGCUCAGUCUUCCAUAGAAUGAGAUUGUAAAGAAUGCCCUAUAUAGUGCACUACUUUUGACCAGAUCCCUGUGCGCCCUGGUAUAAAGUAGUGUGCACUAUAUAGGGGAUAGGGUGCUAUUUGGGACAAAAAUGGUUAUUUAUGUUUAAGUGUACUUACAACUUGCUAUAUUUAGUUUAGUUUACUCUAGGUACAUUUAUGGGGAUGUUGUUAUUGUGUGAUAAGUUUUAAUGUUAUUUCUGAUUUGUUGUCAUCUGUCUAGCUUUUUCUAAAACUCUUUUUAAAGGACAAACUAUUGGAAAUGACUCUUGUCUCGUUGAUUGAUUAAUGCGUUUUGUUUUGCCGUUGAAACGGGGAUGUGUCUCUCAAUCUUAUGUUCUGUAAUGGUAUAACACUUUCAAAGUACAGAUUCUUUGUGCACCAUUUCUGUAACGGCAAUCGGUACUGGUGCCAGUUAGAUUGUGCCUGAAGUCUUCAGCUGUAUGAGACUGGGGGGUGUUGUGUGGACAUUCCCGUUUCCAAAUAGGAUGAUGUUGUAUUGGUCCAUGUUAUGCUCUGCAGCCUUCACCUAGGUUAGGGAGUUAUGAUUUCACUCACAACCUCAACUAUUUCCUAGGACCUGUCCAGGAACAUUCCCUACCCACUAGAUUGUCUUACAUCUGUCCAAUCCUUGCAUAGGUAGGGUGUAGUUGUCAGUUUGGGGAAUCAGGCCCUAGUAUAUGUAGUGCUUUCCCUAACUAAAUUCAUAUUAAGAUUCUUACUCAGACCCUGACAUUCUUCUCUUUAUGAUCAUUGUUUCCCUCUUAUGUAGCCUACAACUGUAUGUCUGUCUCAGAGUUGGUUAUUUUCACUUAAGACUGGUUUUGUCUGACUGUUAGUGCUGUUAUAUUAUUUACUGCCUGAUACCUUUUUUGGAAGGGUUAACAUCUUCAAAGCUAUGCUAGAACUUUUAAACACAGGGCCUGUGUUCAUAAAGCGUCGCAGUACGAGUGCUGAUCUAGGAUCAGUUUGACCUUCUAGAUCGUAAUGGACACCUGAUUCCGAUUGGCACGCCUACUUUGAAAUGCUUAGUAAUGUAGAUAUGGCUCCAGAUCAAUGUGGCUUGUUUGUCCUUUUUAUUUCUGUUGACAGAGCAGAGAGAGAGAGAGAACAGCACCAUGUUAUUAGUAUGCCAAACUGUAAAUCUGUAUGAUGUUUGUUAAAUCUUUGUUUUCUGAUCUAUUUCAAUACGAUGGUUAAUUUAAUUGUAAAUAAAAAUGUUUUACAAA